AGGAAUUCCGAAAGGCUAUAGCGCACACAGUAAAAGAAAACAAAAACUGUGAAACGUAUUUAACCAGACGUUGACAGCAGUAGAAUCGCAAAUCUGCACGGAAUCCUGACGAGUCUGAUCGCCUGAAAGACAACUCAUGAAAGAUGACAGAAGUUGCAUCAAAUGAAACUAUCUCCAAUACAAAUACGAACAGUUCAGAAAUUCCGGAAACUGCUGUGAUGGAAAACUACGACAAACAUGAUGCGCCCCCUGGUGGCAAUCUUGGGUCAUUCACUGGUCUGGUGCUACUGGUGCAGGGUCUUGGUUUGACUGCGGUCAUCCUUGUAGCAGUAUGGAUGGGACAUUUCCGUGAUGGCUUUGCCUGGACAAGUGAUCCGGCUAAGGAGUUUAACUAUCAUCCGGUCUUUAUGGUGAUUGGUCUCAUCUUUCUGUACUCGGAUGCUAUCCUGGCAUAUCGAGUGUUCCGCAAUGUGAAGAAGAUGUACAUCAAGGUUAUCCAUGGAUUUAUACACUUAGGAGCGCUAAUUUUUGCCUCGGUGGGGCUGAAGGCCGUGUUUGAUUCUCACAAUCUGGCCGCCACACCCAUACCCAACCUGUACAGCCUACACAGCUGGCUCGGACUCAUCACCGUGAUCAUGUUUGGUCUGCAGUGGCUGGUGGGCUUCCUCACUUUCUUGGCUCCAGGAUGUUCCCAGGGACUGCGGGCACUUUACAUGCCCCAUCAUGUAUUCUGGGGUGUUGCUAUUCUAUGUAUGGCUGCUGCCACGGCGCUGAUGGGAAUCACGGAGAAGGCCAUCUUUUUGAAGGAUCAGAUUCAGUAUGCCAAAAAAUCUACAGAAGGCCUGGUGCUGAAUUCCCUUGGUAUUGUGAUUGUAGCCCUUGUCGCCCUGGUGGCUUUUGUGGUAACACGUCCAGAAUACAAGCGUCAGCCGUCCCCAGAGGAAGACCACAUACAGUUGAUGGGCUAAGUGGAAAUACAUUGCCCAAAAUUCUGAAAAAGGAUCUGACUGACAGGCGGUCUCUUGACAACACUGAUCUUCAAACAUUUAACUGGACUACUCACCGAGAUAUUCAAAAUCAAGCUUCCUUAUUUUGCAGAUAGAAAUAUUGGAUGAGAUCUCCUCUAGCUUUCUGUUAUAAAUGUAUAUGGUAGGAAAAUAUAUUUCGGUGGGUCCCAUCAUGUAAAAAUGAACUUUAAAACUUUGAUUAUGAUAAAGUUAAAACUUGGGUUAUAAUAAAAGUUUAGUCCACAAUCAAAUCCUUCUGGCAGAUUAUAUACAUUUUACCUACCAUGUGUGUAAGAAAUGAUCGACAAAAACUAAAAUAAGCAUAUCCUUAAUUAAGGUCCAGAUUACAGUGCAAGAAAUGAUAGCAUUAUAUAAAUAUAUAAAUAUGUGUAUAAAGAAAAGAAAAUGAAAAAAACUCCACAACACCUCUUUAGUACAUAAUUUUGUCGCAUCUUGGCAAUUCUUCAAACUGUUUAUAUAUUUUGUAUAAUAUCAAUGGAUUUAAACAGUUUGAAUUUCACUUCACUUUCUUGUUCUGACUUUGAACUACUUUACUUUCUUGUUCCGACAUUGAACUAUUGGUAGUUCACUUUCUUGUUCCGACUUUGAACUAGUUCACUUUCUUGUUCUGACUUUGAACUAUUUCACUUUCUUGUUCUGACUUUGAACGAGUUUACUUUCUUGUUCCGACUUUGAACUGCUUCACUUUCUUGUUCCAACUUUGAACUAUUGGUAGUUCACUUUCUUGUUCCGACUUUGAACGAGUUUACUUUCUUGUUCCGACUUUGAACUGCUUCACUUUCUUGUUCCAACUUUGAACUAUUGGUAGUUCACUUUCUUGUUCCGACUUUGAACUACGUACUUCACUUUCUUGUUCUGACUUUGAACUAGUUCACUUUCUUGUUCUGACUUUGAACUAGUUCACUUUCUUGUUCUGGCUUUCAGUCUUGUCAUCCUCGAUUGUUUUACUUUGUGUAUUUGUUUAUGGAUCAAUGUUGUCAAGGGUUCUGUAUCCUGUUACUGCCAAUACGUAAUAAUCAACAUUGUUGUUCUAAGGUGCAGUGUCUGAUUGUAUAUAUAAUGUGUUAUUGUGCUAUAGGGUGCUUCAGUUUACUAAGCUGAAUUCGCAGAUAUUCAACACUUCUCAAAGAGAUAUAAUUAUGUUUUCUCCAAAAUUCUAUCACAUUCCUGCGAUAUGUUGUAAGGUCUCAUUACAACACAUUGACUUUUUGUUAUGAGGUUUCUGUUACAACAGUUUAGACAUUUGUUGUGAGUUUGCAGCACAACAUUUAUGACAUUUUGCUGUGAGGUUAUGAGCCAUUCAGAUAGAUAUUUAAAACAGAAUUCCAAAGAUUCAUUUCAGAAAACUUUGGAAUUAUCCACUUAUAUAUGCUCAUAAGCUAAUUGCAUUCACUGGUAAACUUGACUGAACAUAGUUUUGUUGAUGAUAUUUUUCAAAUUUUUUU